GCUGCUAAUGACAUAAAGCUCGUGUCAACCGAAAGGGAAACAACUAAACAACAAUCAGUAGAUGGUUAUUUCUAGUCAAAGGACGAGCAACAGUUAUCGUGGUCUCGUGGUCGAAAAGGUUCAGUGAAGCGAAGUGUUAUCUGUUUCGUGUUUUGCGUUAGAACAGAAGAAGAAGGAGACCAAAGGCAAGUGGUUUACAGUCAAUGUGUGACGAAAAUUGGCUUUAUUUUGGGCAUACAGGAAAAUAACAUGUACCGAAUAAACUUUACAACGUUAAGUUUACUGCUCGUGCUGGGGACAAGCGGUUUAAUGUCUGAACCAACGAGUAAUGCUGACGAAUCCAUGAAAAAUCUUUACGAUUCUUUGCUACAACGGGAAUACGUAGCACCCGUACCCUAUGCCGACCAUCAGAUAACACGUAAAGCGGCUCGCUCACCUUCGUUGAGAUUACGAUUCGGACGACGCAGUGAUCCCUCGGUACCAUUGCAAGAUGAGAUGUCGCAGGAAGAAUUGAUGGAAACGAAGUCCAUUCGUAGUCCACAACUCCGGCUACGCUUCGGUCGUAAUGACCCAAUGUGGUCAUCUUUCAAUGAAAAUGCUCUGCUAGAAGAAAAGCGGGCUCCUACGCAACGUCUGCGAUUUGGACGCUCCGGAUCAAGGUUUCAAAGUGAAAAUGUAUUAGACCAAAGACUUAUCCGAGCACCACAACUGAGGCUUCGUUUCGGAAGAAGUGACCCCUCGUGGAUAAUUUUCAACGAGCACAAACUCAAUGCAAAUCGUUUCCCAAAAUUUUCACACAUCACGUCAGAACUGAAUCGUAUUAGUGAUCCUUCUGCAGCGGAAUCUGAAUCUGAGCAAACAAACUCUGAUGAAACGGAAUCAACAAUCGUGGAUGAGAAGUAAACGGAAACCGACGGCAACUAAGAGGAAUAUAUCGAUAUUUAAGUAGACUGGAAAAACCAUGAAUUCAUUUUUAUUUGGCCCCCAAAAAUGGUUUACACAGUAGCAACAGAUGAAACUAAGUUACAUUGUUUUAAGCGUAAUAAUUACGACCAGAACAGUUUUCAUCGAACAUUCGCAUCUGCACUAAACGCAGGCAUUUAGGGGAAAUUGAGAUAUGAAUUUAUCUGUAACUGUAAUUUCAAACGAAUAAAAGUAAAUAUUUAUAAAUCCAAAAACUUUUUUUUUAAUUUGAUCGAUGAUGAGGUAAAGGAAGAUAACAAAAUAAGAAAAAAUCAAUGUUCCAUCAUGUAUUAUCAAUUUUAAGCCCUACAAAAAAGCAUCGAAUUGAACGUUCAAAUUAAAAUUGCACCGACGUUUCAACACUAUCUUAUUCACUCACUGCCUCUUUUUUUUCAAUUAUCAUCGUUAUCUCCUAUUCUUCAUUAGCAUUUGUAUCAAUGUAAAUCCAAAGAUAUUCGACAUUAAAAAGAUGUUGCGUCUCAUAAAUGUAAAAUUAAAAAAAACAAAAAUAAGAGUGAACAACCAAAUAGAUUAGAAAGGAUUACUUUGAGAAAUUCCAUGUACAUGUA